CAGAUGGGAUUCCGGCCUCCUCUGUGUGGAGCAGUAGGUUGUCUGUGUGGGUCCCACACGGCGCUUAUGGAAUCUGAAAGUGUAGGGACAUCAAGACCGCCCUGGCAGUGAGAUCCAAACCUGAAGCACACACCUGCUUGCGUUAGCGUCAGAUAGCGGUCGCCAGUUAACUAAAGCAAAUUCUUCUUUUUAGCAGAAUUAAGUGGUAACAUUUUGCUAUCCGUUAUUGUGUAAAUGUGGAUAAAAUCGCUUAAGCUUGUAAUGCAAUUUGGAUGGAAUUUAUCUGUAUUGUCAAUGUCCAGUGCACCCCGGGAAAAAUAAUAAGGGUCAUAGAAACUGUGACAUGGAAUUGUAUGCUGGUGGAGUGAAAAAUAGUAUCUAAUAUGCUGGUGAGAAAGUACACAAGGAAUUCUACAGCAUAGCAGGUAACAAGCCACCAGGAAGCAAGCUGGAAAAGUCACAUAUUCAAAGUUAACCUGCCCGGUAAUGAGAACAAGAACUCUGACCUGUUCCUCUAAUUGGUUGUGUUCUGGCCUUGUGAAAUUACUGGAGCCUAUCACACCUCUCCUUGCAUUUCUGUCCCCGUGUGAACUACAGGUUAACGGUUGUGCAAGGACAAUUGAUGUGAUUCUGAUGUUAGAAUGGGUGAUGGCACAGAAUGCUUGUCAUUUAAUGAAAGAUUAGCCAAUCAAGUUGGUAAAAGUAUUUUAAUGUACCCAGUUAAAAUUUUUAAAUUUUUUAAAAUGUUGUAGAUCAAGUCUGAUAUUUCUUGGAACUAUUUUCCUUAUGUGAGGUUAUUUUCUAUGGCAUAAUGUGUGUUGUGCUCUCCUUUUUUUGUGUGAAUAGUAGCCCAUUGAGCAGGGGUGUCAAACUGGGGCCAUAGUGUCUGCAGGUUUUUGUCAUUUCCUUUCACUCAGCUGCCAAUUAAGGCCUUGAGAACAAGGUCUGUGGAUUCCUUAGCCAAUCAAUGAAACACCUGUGCAGAGAAUACCCCAAAACCCAGCAGAAACUGCAUCCCUGCAGGACUGGAGUCAAACCAGAAGACGCUGCGGCCCUCCAAGACUGGAGUUAAACCAGCAGAUGCUACAACCCUGCAGGACUGGAGUUAAACAAGCUGACACUGCAGCCCUCCAGGACGAGUUAAACCAGCAGACACUGCAGCCAUCCAGGACUGGAGUUAAACCAGCAGACACUGUGGCCCUCCAGGACUGGAGUUAAACCAGCAGACGCUACAGCCCUGCAGGACUGGAGUUAAACCAGCUGACACUGCGGCCCUCCAGGACUGGAGUUAAACCAGCAGACACCGUGGCCCUCCAGGACUGGAGUUAAACCAACAGACACUGCAGCCCUCCAGGACUGGAGUUAAACCAACAGACACUGCAGCCCUCCAGGACUGGAGUUAAACCAACAGACACUGCAGCCCUCCAGGACUGGAGUUAUACCAACAGACACUGCGGCCCUCCAGGACUGGAGUUAAACCAACAGACACUGCGGCCCUCCAGGACUGGAGUUAAACCAACAGACACUGCGGCCCUCCAGGACUGGAGUUAAACAAGCCGACACUGUGGCCCUCCGGGACUGGAGUUAAACCAGCAGACACUGGCCCUCCAGGACUGGAGUUAAACCAGCAGGCGCUACAGCCUUUCAGGACUGAAGUUAAACAAUCCGACACUGUGGCCCUCCGGGACUGGAGUUUUACACCUGUGCCAUAGAACGAAAAUGAAGGUGCUGCUUGAAGUUGUAUUAUUUUGCCAAUAGGGGGUGCUUGUCUCUCUGCAUCAGUCGAACACUGUGCAGUAGGUAGUGAUUUCCUAUCAGAUGGAACAUCAAUUCAAGGUCCUGACUUUUUAGGUCAUUUAGAGUGCUGUGAUACUUUUGUAAUAUAGGAGUGCCACCAUCUUAGGCUCCUGAAAAUUUCCUUGUGUUGUCACUUAACAUUUUUGUGGUAUUUCUUAUGGUUCAUAAAGGUUGCAUCAAUGGUGAAAUGCCAAGUGAAAUUUACUGAUUAUGAAAUCUGAGAAAAGCAUUAUCCACACGUGAGACUCGACAGUAUUCAGAGCAAGAGUUCAAAAUAGCUGAUCAUUUUGGUAUAAACGGUCUUGAACACUUAUGAAUGGGUCCAGUCGAGGUUUACCUGCCACAUACAUUUGUUUAGAAUUACAACAGGAAACUAGUGCAAGCGUUAGUAUGAUAAGAUUUGGAUAAGAAGACAUAAUCUUUUGGAUCAGUGUAUAAUCUUGAGCAUUCCAUCUUGCUUGUAAACACAAACAAUUGUGGUCUUUGAACGAUGACGGAUAAUGCGUUGCUAGGGUUUAGGUCUGAAACACAAUAACAUGGGUGGAAAUAUUCAGGUUCAUAAAACUCCAUUGUUAAAAAAAAAAAAAAAAAAACCUUAAAUAAUUUAAGCAGUAGAAAUGUGAUCGUGAACAUAUGCGCACCACAGUAUACCAUAGGUUAGUAGCCUAAGGUACACAUUAAAGGAUGCGCUCCUUUUUUACGCAUCUCUUGAGUCAUAAUUAUUUUCAAUCAAGCAGGAUAUCCCACAACCUAACUUCUGAGCCUAUUUGGUAGCUUACAUUAGAAUAUAGGCUAGGCUACAAUGCGUGUGGUUUCUUUGCUCUUCCCAGCGCUGCAGAGGUUGAAUUCUGUCAGGAAAACCACGCUGUUCAGUGGGCAGAAUGAUGGAGGGUUUCAACAUGUGUUAGGGCUAAUAACACUAAUUCACGUUGACAUGGUUUGUCUCCAGGACUGGUUUACUUGAGGUAAUCUAUAUAUUGAUAAAUGGUUGAUGCACCUUUCGUCGUCUUACGACUUAUUUUUUAGAUAGGUCGUAGGUCUACUUCGACUACCGUUUUAUAUGCUGUUAGUUCGACUGACCCAGCUUCGACUGCUUAUCCAGCCCAUGUUUUCGACGUAAUCUCUCCUAUAGCCUACUGUCAAUGAACAAGCCUUAGUUCCUCUCUUCCGCUCCCGUCGUCAGGAGCCGCUCGGCUUUGCUCUACGUAUUUCCAUUGCUCCGCCCACCCGCCCCUUCGGGAUUUUUUCAUUGCAUCCAUUUUUGUGCAUUUAAGAAAUCUCCAAGAAUUAACAACCUGGAGCAGACCGAGAAAGAGGAGGAGGAGGAGGAAGGACGCGAAAGAAAACAAACAGAAAAGGACUCCUCAUUUUCAAGAUGCGAAUAACCUCUUCCUAGAAGAUGACCGCGAUGGGUUAGAAGGGAUUUAACAUGAUUGCGAAAUAAAAAGCAAUUGUAUCUGAAGAUGUCGGCUCCGCUCGGGCCCCGGGGCGGCCCGGCCGCUCCUCCUGCGGCUGCUCACCUACCAGAGGUGCCGGACCUCAGUCAUCUAACAGAGGAGGAGAGAAAGAUCAUCCUCGGCGUCAUGGACCGACAGAAGAAAGAAGAUGAAAAGGAACAGUCCAUGUUAAAGGUCAAGGAAGAACAAAAGCCUCAGCCGCCACAGUGGUUUCCGUUUAGCGGUAUCACUGAUCUGGUAAAUAGCGUUCUUCAACCCCAGCAAAGCUCCCAAAAUGAGAAGCAGCCUGAGACGAGGUUGCACCAGCAGUUUGAGAUGUACAAGGAGCAGGUGAAGAAGAUGGGGGACGAGUCGCAGCUGACGCUGGAGCAGAAGGGGGAGGCGCCCACUUGCGGAAUCUGCCACAAGACCAAGUUCGCCGACGGCUGCGGUCACGUCUGUUCAUAUUGCCAAACGAAAUUCUGUGCACGGUGCGGAGGUCGAGUGCCUCUGCGGUCAAAUAAGGAGGAAAAAGUGGUAAUGUGGGUAUGCAACUUGUGCCGAAAACAACAAGAAAUCCUCACAAAUUCGGGAGCCUGGUUCUACAGCGACGGCCCGCGGCAGCCGGGCGACUGUGAGGCCCACCACGCCCGCCGCAACGAGGAGGCGCCUCGGGAGAAGAAGGCCAAACUGCAGGACCCGUACUACUACCCAGCAAGCUCAGGGGACGGGAACACGCCGCACGGGCCCCUCAGAAACGGCUCGGGCCGGAGGUACUCAGGCGACGCGCCCGUCGACAGGAAAAGAAGCCCAUCAGCAUCCAGGGAUCCAAACCAAACGUACGACCAAAGGGAGGACAGGGGUGAGCGCUCGCAGUAUGCGCCGGCGGACGGCGGGAUGCCCAGAUCACCGUCCGACUACGGGGAUCGGGACCCUCGCCGGGCGGGGCGGGGCCCACGGAUGUACGAGGACGCCAACGCGGCACACGGCGAGUACCAGGACCGGCGGGGGCACUGGGGGCGCUCGCAGGACUACCCGCCGGACGAGGACCUAGACGGGCAGCCCAGCGAGUACGAGCUCCAGCGCCGGCGGGAGGAGGAGUACCAGGCCCGUUACCGCAGCGACCCCAACCUGGCCCGCUACCCGGUCAAGCCGCAGCCCUACGAGGAGCAGAUGCGCAUGCACGCCGAGGUGUCGCGGGCGCGGCACGAGCGUCGCCACAGCGACGUCUCGCUGGCCUACACCGAGCUGGACGACCCGCGCGGGCGCCCGUCCCGCGCCCACCCCGCCUCCGACCGCCGCUUCCCGCCCGACGGCCAGCGCUCCUACUCCGUGGAGAGGACUUCCCCCGGCCCGGUCCGCCGGGCCGACCGCAGCCCGCCCACGCCGCACCGGAGCCCCGUGCUGGACCUGCGGCGGGGGCCCGGCGGGAUGGGGGACCCCGCCCGCCGGCCCCCGCCGCCGCCCCAGCAGCAGCAGCACCACCUGGACCCCGGCUCGGCCGUGCGCCGGAGCAAGCGGGAGAAGAUGGACGCCAUGCUGCGCAACGACUCGCUCAGCUCCGACCAGUCCGAGUCGGUCCGCCCGCCGCCGCCCAAGCCCCACAAGACCAAGCGGCUGGGCAAGAUGCGGCAGGUGUCCCUCAGCAGCUCGGAGGAGGAGCUGGCCACCACGCCCGAGUACACCAGCUGCGAGGACGUGGAGAUCGAGAGCGAGUCCGUCAGCGAGAAAGGGGACAGUCAAAGGGGAAAAAGAAAAGCUAUUGAGCAGGCGUUUUUGUCGGACGCGACUUACGCCUUUUCUGAGAGGCUAACGAAAACGGUGCGCUUUGGGGGCGAUUCGUUCGAAGAGGACUUGGAAUGGUGCGAACCCCAAGUUAAAGACUCUGGCGUUGAUACGUGCAGUAGCACUACCCUAAACGAGGAGCUUAGCCAUAGCGAGAAGCACCCCGUGACGUGGCAACCGUCCAAAGACGGGGAUCGCCUAAUAGGGCGGAUUCUGCUAAACAAGCGGAUGAAGGAUGGAACCGUGCCCCGCGACUCCGGAGCUCUGCUGGGACUGAAGGUGGUUGGAGGGAAAAUGACAGAAUCUGGUAGACUUUGUGCUUUCAUCACGAAAGUGAAGAAAGGGAGUCUAGCAGAUACUGUUGGACACCUCCGACCAGGCGAUCAGGUCCUGGAGUGGAACGGGAGGCUUUUGCAAGGAGCCACAUUCAAAGAAGUUUACAAUAUCAUUCUGGAGUCCAAGCCCGAGCCCCAAGUGGAGCUGGUGGUCUCGCGUCCCAUUGGAGACAUUCCCAGGAUACCCGACAGCACACAUGCACAACUGGAGUCAAGUUCAAGCUCCUUUGAGUCCCAGAAGAUGGAGCGCCCCUCUAUCUCUGUCACGUCCCCCAUGAGUCCAGGCCUGCUACGGGAUGCCCCCCAGUACCUGUCCGGACAACUCUCAAGCCAAAGCCUAAGUAGAAGAACUGCGCCUUUUGUCCCUAGGGUUCAGGUAAAACUCUGGUAUGACAAAGUGGGUCACCAGCUAAUCGUCACGAUACUGGGAGCAAAAGACCUGCCUUCGCGGGAAGAUGGGCGGCCGCGGAACCCCUACGUAAAAAUCUACUUCCUCCCCGACAGAAGUUUGAAUUAUUGUUCCUCCAGUGACAAAAGCAAAAGAAGAACAAAAACGGUAAAGAAAUCGUUAGAGCCCAAAUGGAACCAGACCUUUAUGUACUCGCCUGUGCACCGGCGGGAGUUCCGCGAGCGUAUGCUGGAGAUCACGCUAUGGGACCAGGCGCGAGUCAGGGAAGAGGAGAGCGAGUUCCUGGGAGAGAUCCUCAUAGAGCUGGAGACGGCCCUGCUGGACGACGAGCCGCACUGGUACAAGCUGCAGACGCACGACGUGUCCUCCAUGCCCCUCCCCAACCCCUCGCCCUACCUGCAGAGGAGACAGACGCACGGAGGGAGCCCCACGCGGAGGCUGCAGAGCAAAGGCUCGUACUCGUACAAUUCAGGAUCCCAGAGAAUCAGUGACAGCGAAAUCUCAGAUUACGACUGCGAGGAUGGGGUUGGAGUUGUAUCAGACUACAGACACAACGGCAGGGAUCUCCAGAGCUCGACGCUCUCCGUUCCAGAGCAGGUGAUGUCGUCCAAUCACUGCUCCCGGUCCGUGGACGUAAACCGGACGCGGUCGCGGUCGCCGAGCGUCCCCCCUCUCCAGAGCCGGAGUUUGGACCACAGCAACCGCAUGUCACCGUCUCAGUACAACACCACGAGUAGGAUUGACCGGCAGCGCAUGUCAGAAGACCGCUACUCCCCCGACAGCCAUUACCUCACCCUACCUCCUCGAUCCAGACACAGCCAGCCUGUCAAUCAUCUUCACACGGAUCCCAGCGGUCUCGUGUACCCCAUCUAUCGAGAGGACGCGGUCAGGCUACUGCGCUCCACGCGCGUCGCCCGCGCGUAUUCCGAGGGCGCGUAUGACCUGGAGAGGGGCAUGAGGAGGGAGAGGAGAUUGCCUGGCGCCUACGAUGACUCGUACCGCUCCCCGGAAAGAUAUUACAACGGACCUAACCACACGCCCAUCCAGCGGCCAGAUCACACAGUGAAUGGAGCUUGUGAGGGCUACAGCAGACCAUGCCCAAGGAUAGAAAUCGAGCCGUCCACAGACACCGAAAGAGAGGAGAACAUCCCAAAGUUUCCCUCCAAGCCAGAGCCCCAGCCUGUGGAAGAGCCCAUAAGGCACUACGGCGCCCUGGACAGGCGCGACUAUCACAGGUCCCGCUCGGCAGACCAGCGGCCGGCGGUGGAGCGGCCCGCCCCCCGCUCCCGGUCCACCGAGCGCCCGGAGUCCAGCAUCAUCAGGUCCAUGCCGUCUCUGCCGGCCGGAAGAUCCGCCCCUCCCUCACCUGCCUUAACGAGGGCGCACCCCCGCAGCGGAUCGGUCCAAACCAGCCCCGCCAGUUCCCCCCUGUCCAUUCGGAGAGGACGGCAGCUACCACAACUUCCUCCAAAGGGGACGCAGGAUAGAAAAGAUGGAGACGAAGGAGCAGAGCCUGACCAAGUGGAAGCAGGGGUGGAGCUUGAACCCCCGAACCCCCCGAACCCCCGAACCCCUGAACCCCCUGCACCUCCAGACCCCCCCGAGCCCCAUGAACCCCCCUCGCUGCAGCAGGCUUCUGAGGGUGAUCCAGAAUGUGAGGAGAAGCCUCAAGGCCCGCCGGUUAAUGGGAGAAAAGAAGUGACCUGGGAGGACCAGCAGAAAAAAGUCAAUGGUACGGUAACUGGCGGCAGGACGCGGCACAAUCCCUCGCCCCCCGAGCCAGAUACGGACUCACCCCGUCGGACGAGCUCAGUAGAGAAGGAGGAGGCCAUUCCACAGAACGGCGACGCAGGUGCCAUGGACGUGGAGGAGCGCGCGAGGCAGAUGAAGCUGAAGAUGAACAAGAGCCGGCUGGAGCAGGACCCCGCCAAGCGGCCGGCCAGGGAAGCCCCACGAGGCUCGGACAACCAGUCCGCCAAGUCGUCGGACAGCGACGUGAGCGACGUGUCCGCUGUGUCCAGGACCAGCAGUGCGUCCCGGCUCAGCAGCACGAGCUACGUGUCCGCCCAAUCAGAGCGACCGCGCGGGAACCGCAAGAUCAGCCAAACAAAAGGGGAGUCACAGGAAGGGGAGGAGCUUUUGGACAAUAUUUUACGUGAGGUGGCGGAAGAGGAAUUGGGGGCAAAGGAGAAGAGUGGGAGUGAUGGGGGUGGGGAGGGGGCACAGACAGAUGAAGGAAGCAAAGGAGAGGAGGAGGCAGACGAAGGGAAAUUGCAGAGGAGGUUCUCAGAGAACGACGUCAGGCAGAUGAGCGAGUCCGGGCAGAACAUGACCAAGAGCUCGAGCAUGGGCGGGGACAUGUGCAACCUGGAGAAGACGGACGGCAGCCAAUCGGACACGGGCGUGGGGACCACGGAGGACGCCGAGGAGAAGAAGAGGCGCUCAAGCAUUGGUGCCAAAAUGGUGGCGAUCGUCGGGCUCUCGAGGAAAAGCCGGAGCGCCUCUCAGCUCAGCCAAACAGAAGCGGGAGGAAAGAAGUUGCGGAGCACGGUCCAGAGGAGCGUGGAGACGGGGUUGGCGGUGGAGAUGAGGAGCCGGAUGACACGGCAGGCCAGCCGGGAAUCCACCGACGGCAGCAUGAACAGCUACAGCUCCGAGGGAAACCCAAUCUUCCCUGGGGUGCGCCUGUCUGCCGACAGCCAGUUCAGCGACUUCCUGGAUGGGCUAGGCCCCGCCCAGCUCGUUGGACGGCAGACAUUGGCCACGCCGCCUAUGGGUGACAUCCAGAUCGGGAUGAUGGAGAAGAAAGGAGCUCUGGAGGUAGAGGUGAUUCGGGCCCGAGGUCUCGUGGGGAAACACGGAAACAAGCAACUGCCAGCGCCCUACGUUAAAGUGUACCUGUUGGAGAACGGAGCCUGCAUAGCCAAAAAGAAAACUAAAGUAGCACGAAAAACACUGGACCCGCUCUACCAGCAGCAGCUCCAUUUUGUGGAGAGCCCAGGAGGAAAAGUUUUACAGGUCAUUGUGUGGGGAGACUAUGGGCGGAUGGACCAUAAAUCAUUUAUGGGUGCAGUUCAGAUACUUUUAGAUGACCUUGACCUGUCCAACAUGGUGAUUGGCUGGUAUAAGCUCUUCCCCCCGUCCUCUUUGGUGGACCCUACCUUGGCACCUUUGACUAGAAGAGCUUCCCAAUCCUCAUUGGACAGUUCCUCUGGACCUUGCCCUCGUUCGUAGCAGCAUGGGGGUAAUGAUAGCAUUGUCGUAGCAACCAGUGUUGGAGGUAACGAGUCUCGACAGGUCACAGGCCACGCCCCCGGCUACACUGCAUGCUUAAUGUUGUGUCUUCUGAGCCCGUACCUGGGGAUGCAAAACGUGGUCCUGUCUUUUCAGCAAAUGUCGCACACAUUGUGCGUGUAGAGCGCCCCCUACAGGGGAGAAACCAGUCAGCGGUAGCUGGACCGAACUUUGAAGCACGAGGAAUUCAGAAACGCUAGGUUUUCAUCCAAUUCGAAGCCAUGAGGGUGUGUGUGAAAGUGCGGGAGAGGGCUGGUGGGGGGCGGGGGGCGGGGGGGAGGUGAGAACCAGUUACUGAGUUCAAUAGAGGAGCUUUUUUAAGAAAAAAUAAUCACUAUUUACGUUGGUUCGUUAUUUUCUUUUCUUUUGUGGUCGAUGUACUCGUACUGAAAGGGGUAGUAGUGGGCAAUGUUCCUAGCUCGUUGCUCGGCUACGCCACGCCAACAAACCUAGCUGUGGAAACAGAGCUGCUGUGUGAGAACGAUUACAGUGGGCAAGGGGCGCCUGUGAAGACGUGACGGAAGAUCGAGGUCCAGAUGCCCCUCCCCUCCUGCCCGUCCCCAACUUCCUGGUUAUCCCUAGAUAUGCAUAUGUGCUCAGAGCUAAAGCAGGUCUUGAAAGACUUUUUUUUCCUUUUUUUAAAAGAGAGUUUUAAAAAAAAUGGCAAUACAGACGUGGCUCCAUCAAUGCUCCAGAAUACUAACACUUCAGAGCCCACAAUAAGAUGAACUUUUUGUGAUCAAAUAUAAUUAUUUCUCUGUUGAUAUAUUGUAUGAAAUUUAAAAGAAGAAUUUUUUUGCAUGGACACAAAUUUAGCUGAAUUUCAACAAAACAAAAAAAAAUUAAAGAUUAUUUUCUUGAGGCUGCAACUUGCAAAAAAGAGAAGAAAAAACAGAUCAGCCAUUUUUGACAAUUUAUAUUAUUUUUAAAGAUAAAUUUCACUAGUGCAUGGUUUUUGAGGGGAGUGAAUGCAAAAGCGUGAUUAAAAACACCAUGUUUAUCGUCCUUUAGACCAUUCAUGAGUCUGUAUUUUUACAGACGUUCAGUUAAAGAAAGCUAAAAGAAACUUUCUAGCUUAUUAAAGAAAAAAAGACCUAUUUAUGUGACAAAGAAAGGAUUAAAAUAAAUGUAAAGUAUUUAUGUCAUUGUAAAGGCCCAGGCCUUAUAAAGAUAAACAUUAUGUGCAAAUUGUACACUUCUCUCUUUCUCCCUUUUCCCAGGGUGAUUAUUGUACUAUCCAUUGCUACCAUUGUCAGAUUCCCUGAGUAUGUCCCGAUUUUCCAGGACUGUAGAUUAUCUUACGGUUCUGUACUGUUUAAGUCUCUAUUUAUUUUGGAUUUGAUUUGUUUAACAAGCAUGUUGAAAAGGGGUAUUUGCAACAUGGCUUGGGCACACCUUACAGAAACUCAGCAUGUUUUGAUAAAGAAGAUAUUUGGAAUUUUUGCAGUUUCUUGUACAGUGCAUGUAAACUAAGUUACUUUUCUCCCUCACCUUGAACUUAAUCCCGCAGCAAAAUGGCUACCAGUCUUUUGUGGCCAACCGUUAAAAGGUUUAACGAAACAUUCCACCUCCUGGUAACAUAUUUUCUUUCGGAUUUUUAAAAGAGAAUGAAAGGCAAAAACAUUUUAUAUAUAAUGGAAUAAUUAAAAAUUAAAAAUAAUUAUGGUUGCAAGUAUAUUUUAUUUUAAUAUUGUCACUUAAAAAAAAGUUACACAAGCAAAAAGAUCCCAUGAAUUGGUUCUACUAGAGGAAUUUCACCAGAGCAAGUGAUAGUAAAGGGUACUGCAGUAGGCACUAUUUGUCAAGUUUGACUGAGUAACAAGGUAUGUGAUGAUGGGAAAUUGCCACACAAUAUGAAUUUUUAGUUGUUUCUUGUUUUGGAAAAAAAAAAUGAAAUUAAUUAAAUAUAUUUUUGUUAGUUUACUUACAAGCCAAGACCAAUUUAUUUUAUUUUAAUUUUUAUUUUUUUAGUAAUUAUGAGUGCUUUUCACACAGAUGGAGAAGCAUAUGAAUCAAAGGUUAUUAAAAACACUUGAAUGAUAAUACACCGAGACAUUAUUCUUCUUCCUGGAAAAACAUCAUUCUUGUAGGACUUAUCAUUCGUUUCUGUAACAAGCUAUGUAUUUUGUUUCGCAUUGUAUAUAGCAGCUGUUCCAGUUCUUUGAUCUAGCAUAUAAAUAAGCAGUCUUGAAAAUGAGGAUAUUUAGGAAGUGGAAUAAUGCCUCUAAUGAUUACUGACAGGUGUUAUUUACCCUUUUGAAUGCCUUUUUUUCUGUUGCAAUGUGUUCAUGCCGAGGCUAUGUCUUGGCAAAGUAUGGUUGAGUACAGAGAUUUAUGUAAGUUAUUUUUCAAAUUAAAAAUAAAAAAACUGGAUAUAACACAGACAUGGAGUACCAGCAACCAAUGCAAAUGAA